UUUCCGGUUUCCUUGGUUGUUUAUAUGCUAACACCGACUAGCUAGUUUAGAUUUGUUAGCUCUGGGAACUUUGGUAAACUCUGGUGAAUUUGUGUAUAAAACGUUCAGAUUUGUGAGUAAAGAUGGGAUGUGACGGAGGAACUAUUCCUAAAAGACACGAACUGGUUAAAGGACCAAAGAAGGUGGAAAAGGUGGACAAAAAUGCAGAACUUGCUGCCAAGUGGAAAUACUGCAGUCUGAGCCAAGAGAAGCUACGCCGUCCUAUCGUGUCCUGUGAACUUGGCAGGCUGUACAAUAAAGAUGCCAUCAUCGAGUAUCUGUUGGAUAAAUCAGCAGAACGACCAAACACUGAAGUUGUUGCACACAUACGUAGCAUCAAGGAUGUGAAAGAGUUGAAUCUGACUGAUAACCCAGCAUGGGAAGGGGAGAGAAGGAACGCUAAGGGUGACUGCUAUGAAGACAUGCACUGCGGCAUGUUUAUCUGCCCUGUAGUGGGACUGGAAAUGAACGGCAAACACAGGUUUUGUUACUUGCAUACCUGUGGCUGCGUUUUCUCAGAACGAGCUCUCAAAGAGGUCAAGACGGAGAUCUGCCAUAAGUGUGGAGACCCCUUUCAUGAAAAUGAUAUUGUGAUGCUAAACAGCAGCAAAGAAGAGCAAGACAAGCUACAGAAGGCAAUGGAAGAGAGAAGGGCCAAGGCUAAGACAGCAAAGAAGUCAAAGAAAAGCAAGGCUCUUGAGACUGUUUUCAAGUCACCAGAAUCAACAGCCCCUGAGAUGAAAUCAACACCAGCAAAUGGAGAAAGCAGCAGCAAUAGCUCAGAAAUUAUGCAAAUGCUGUUAAUAAGGAUCACUAACAGGCACUGGGACUGAGUAAUAAUAGCCAUAGAUAAAGUAGUAGCCAUGCCUUACGGACAUACCCAAGAAAUGUACGCUGGAAAAAAUGUAGACACGGUGUACUUGUAUGUUUGCAGAACACCACACCUGAGAUUAUUAAGCCUAGGUCUUGACAUUUCUUUGGCUAUUGCUAGAUUACACAAUCUAACGAACAAACGAAAACACAACGACAAGUCAGACAACCCAGAAACGGUAGUGUAUCGGUUUUAGAUAUACAGGUAUGGAAUCUUAUGUGUAAUGUGUAAAGUUCUCCGUUCAAGAAAAUAACAGAAUUAAUCCACAGUAAUCCAUUCCAUCCAUCCAUUCCAACUUUUCCCUGUGGCAGACUGUUGAACUUCAUGUAUACUUUGAGUGACAGGUGUCUUGUCCAAUCACAAACUAUACCAACAGCUUCCAGGUUGUCUGAAAUGUCGUUGUGUUUUCUGAUUUGUUAAUUUGUUUUCUGAUUUGUUCAUUUGUUUUCUGAUUUGUUAAUGUGUUUCAUGCACCAAUUCAGACAACCCGGAAGCGGUAGGUAUAGUUUGUGAAUGGAAACUUACCGAUCAUUGGACAAGACGACUGUCAUUAAAGAUAUAAAGGUGAAUGAAAGGUGUCUCGUCCGAUGAUGGUAAGUUUCAAUUAACAAAUUAUACCAACCGCUUCCGGGUUGUCUGACUUGUUAAUGUGUUUUGGGUUUUGUUAAUGUGUUUUGGGUUUUGUUAAUGUGUUUUCGGUUUUGUUAAUUUGGUUUGGGUUUUGUUAAUGUGUUUUCGGGGGGCAUGGUGGCUUAGUGGUUAGCACGUUCGCCUCACACCUCCAGGGUCGGGGUUCGAUUCCCGCCUCCACCUUGUGUGGAGUUUGCAUGUUCUCCCCGUGCCUCGGGGGUUUCCUCCGGGUACUCCGGUUUCCUCCCCCGGUCCAAAGACAUGCAUGGUAGGUUGAUUGGCAUCUCUUGAAAAUUGUCCCUAGUGUGUGAUUGUGUGAAUGAGAGUGUGUGUGUGUGCCCUGUGAUGGGUUGGCACUCCGUCCAGGGUGUAUCCUGCCUUGAUGCCCGAUGACGCCUGAGAUAGGCACAGGCUCCCCGUGACCCGAGGUAGUUCGGAUAAGCGGUAGAAGAUGAAUGAAUGAAUGAAUAAUGUGUUUUCGGUUUUGUUAAUUUGGUUUGGGUUUUGUUAAUGUGUUUUCGGUUUUGUUAAUUUGGUUUGGGUUUUGUUAGUGUUUUCGGUUUUGUUAAUUUGGUUUGGGUUUUGUUAAUUUGUUUUGCACUUCCCGGCCACCGUAGAUUCCUAAUCCGCAUGACCGCUUUCACCUUACCAGUUUCUUGUGCAAAACAUGUUUUGUUUCAGAAUAAGUUUGAGAGUGUAUAAUCCACCUAAGAGAUGGUGCUGUGAGGUUUGUUUAUUUAGCUUCGUACGUGUGAACAAAAUUUUUUUAUGAUGAACUACAGUGAUAGUGUUGCAGUAUCAGUACAGUGAACUGAUCAGCAUCUGUCAUCUGUGCUGCAGAUUUCAACAUUAAAGUUGACAGUAAACAGCGA